GCAGAUGAUGCCAGGCUCGAUCCCCUCGAGACAAAGCUAAUAAUUCUUGUGGGCGUUGUGUUCACGGGGGAAAGAAGAUAAUAUUUGCGAGGUCGGUCAUGGCACCGGAUCGGGUGACGCUGCGAAUGGAGAUGGACACUCGCCGAGGUUGUUCCUCUCUCUCCCUCUCUCGCCUCCUCACAAUCACCUUCACCUUCAUGGCUGCCUCGGGACUCCCAGACAAUUCCGAUGACCUGAUCGCUGCGACGUGCAACCGCACGCCGUACUUAGACGUCUGCAUGUCCACCCUCACGUCCCGCCGCGGAAGCCGCAGCGCCGACCUGCACGGGCUCGCCGCCAUCUCGCUCGAUGCCUGCAUCGCCCACGCCAAGGCGACGUUGUCGUACGCGAGGGGCUUGAGCAGGCACGACGGCAUUGCCAACGACACCUACGCGUCCGGGUGCCUCGCUGACUGCCUGGAGGAGUACGGCGAAGCGGUGGACGAUCUGCACGAGUCCGCGGGUGCGCUGCGGCGAGGGUCGUACGACACGGUGAACGUGCUGUUGGCCGGUGCCAUGACCAACUCGGACACCUGCGAGAGCGGGUUCGGGGAGAAGCCGGGUCUGCGGUCGCCGUUGACGGAGAGAAACCAGUACUUCGGCAAGCUCUGCAGCAACUCCAUUGCGAUCACCGGUCUUCUUGGUUGACCUCUUUGGCUGUGCCUUCCAAAUUGUAUGGUUUCAUCGGUGUGUUGCUUGUGAAGUACAGAAUUGAUGGAGUUGAUGAAGGC